UGUUUCAGUAUAAGGGAAGUAAUUUUAAAUUGUUCAUUUAUUCAUUUUAAAAUUGUACAAUACUGUUCAAUUGAAAAAUAGAAUUCUUCAUGUCAGCCGUAAAAAUGAAGAUUCCGGAAGACAAUAUUACAACGUAUCUGACAAUGAGAAGUCACUUUAAAAAAAUAUAUGAUGUAAGACCUAGGGUAAACUGUUGGUCAGAAGCUUGUCCAAGUAAAAGAUUGUUAAAAAACACUAUCAAUAUUCGUGAUUUUCAAGUUUUGCCACAUUACUGUAAUUCAACGAUUAGUUCUGCAGCAAAAAAAUCAAAGCAACAAAAAUAUGAUAAUAAUAAGUUAUCUCGGUCACCAUCAAGUAAAAAGAAAUCUAUGAAUAGAAACUUAAGCUAUGAAUGUCCAUAUAACGAUGACGAUUUUGGAUUUGGAUCGGUUGAAAAUAAUAAUCGAACAUAUUAUUCUCCCGAAACUCAUCAUCCCCACCUUGCAGAAAACACACAUAAGACGAUAAGAAGCCAGCAACAUAAUCCAUUACAUUCAGAUCAUCCAAAAGAAGCAACUAAAAAAAAAAAUAAAUUUUUUCAAAAUACAAUGGAUGAAUCAUACCAACGAUUUCUUGAAGAAAUGACAAACGAAGUAGUACGACUUGACUUGUCAACAGAUAAAGCAUUAAAAAAUGUUUUUCGUAAACAUAUAAAACACAAUAUUGGAAAGCUUGAUGAGAAAAAAAUGAUGGCAGAAGUGAUGAAAGUACAAGCAUUAUUGGAUUUACCAAUGGAUAAUGAUGAUCGAUAUUCUGGAAUUGACGACAUGCCCACACUUUCAACAAACGAUGCAACUAAUCAUAAUUUACCAGCUGCAUUAAAAUCUGAAAAAUGAUUUUUAAAUUAUCAAAAACCUUAAAAUAAUGUGAACAGUUUUUAUUUUUAUUUUUUUGUUUAAAAAGCACAAGAUUGUUUGCUUAUUUAUUGGAUAAUCAAUAGUUAUAUUGUAUUUAUAUUAUUUCUAAAUUAUAAGUUAACAAUAAUUAUAGCUAUAUGCCUAUAUAUAAACAUUUCUUAAUAUUAAUUACAUAUUAGAAACACCAUAUAAGUUAAAAAAAAUAUUUAGGUAAAUAUAGCUAUUUGAGAACAUUUUUCUAAAUUUCACCCUCUUUUACUUGACGUUUGUUUGUGUGAUAGUGGUCUUAACUUUUGAUUUUUAAAUGACAAUCGCCAUGUUAAAUUUUAAGCUGAGUGAUUAAUAUAUUAAUUUUACAAUGA